AUGGCGACUUUCAAACUCGGGACAUCUGUCGUGUGGGAGAUCUGGCGUUCCCGCAAAGAUGCUGCAUCUCUGGUCCGUGAGCGCCCCCGUAAAUCCAAGGCUACCAAGCGGACCAAGGACGAAAUAGCACGUCUCGUGGCGGGAGUUCCUGUCAUCGACCGCCAGACACUACGAUCUCUUGCUAAUGCUACCGGGGUACCGAAGACGACGCUGUGGCGCCACUUAAAAAGCGGAUGGCUUCGACGUGCGGUAUCGCACGUGAAGCCAACCCUAACAGAGGAACACAAGCAACGCCGGCUUCAGUACUGCCUCAUGCACAUUCGACGACAACUAGGUGCCUUCAAGAUGGACCUCGUGCAUAUUGACGAGAAAUGGUUCAAUAUGUCUACCUUACAGAUCUAG